AUGACGAGCGCCCUACCAGCUCUAGCGAUUCCCGGCCAGCGCCUGGGCCCAAUUGCCUCCUACUCUGCCGGGCCCGGCACCCACGUGCAGAAUGCCAAUAUCUACGCCUCAAUCGCCGGCCCCGUGGUGCUCGAUCCGGCGCAACCCAGCUCCAAAGUGAAAUCUACGCUCAGCGUCUCCCGGAGCCUCAACCGCCACCCGACCCCAUCCUCCGGCGCAACCAAGCCCGCCACCUCGAAGCCUAAAUACAACACCCUCCCGGCCGUCGAAUCCGUCGUCCUGGCGCGGGUCACGCGCGUCCAGAAACGCCAGGCCACUGUCUCCAUCCUCGUCGUGCUCGACGACUCGGCAUCAGCCAGCAAUGCGCAGCUGCUUAACCCGGCACAAACCACCUCCGACAACGACAACAUCGCCUCGAUCCUCACCUCGGCCGCCAACCCCGAGAACCACAGCAACUCGGACGAGCUGCGGUUCCAGGCGCUGAUUCGCAAGGAGGACGUGCGUGCCGUCGAGAAGGACCGCGUCGUCAUGGACGAGAUGUUCCGGGUUGGUGAUAUUGUGCGCGGUACGGUCAUUUCUCUCGGCGAUCAGAGCUUCUAUUAUAUCACUACGGCGAGGAAUGAUCUUGGUGUUGUCAUGGCGCGCAGUGAGGCGGGUAAUAUGAUGUUCCCUGUCAGUUGGAAGGAGAUGAGAGAUCCGGCUACGGGGGCUGCGGAGUUGAGGAAGGUCGCAAGGCCUUUUUGA